GUAUACCCCCACUCACUCGUCACUGCUGACAUCAUCCUCCUACUAGUGACUACUGGUAUCAAGAUGGCGCUGCGGCCAGGAUCUGGAGGAGGCAGCAGUUUUAUGUAUCCUGUUGGAGGGGGCUUGGGACCACCACAAGGUAUGGUACCCAUGCAGCAACAGCAGCAGCAGCAACAACAGGGGUUCCCUAUCGUUCCAGUCAUGCAGCCUAACAUGCAGGGCAUGAUGGGAAUGAACUUUGGGGGACAGAUGCCCCCAGGAGCCAUGCCAAUGCAGGGUGGGAUGGCGAUUGGAAUGCAGACCCCAGGGAUGCAGUUUUUGGGUCAGCCACAGUUUAUGGGCAUGAGACCUGCUGGACCUCAGUAUACUGCUGACAUGCAGAAACAAAUGGCUGAGGAGCACCAAAAGCGUCUGGAACAGCAGCAGAAGAUGCUGGAGGAGGACAGGAAAAGAAGACAAUUUGAGGAGCAGAAACAGAAGCUAAGGCUGCUCAGCAGUGUCAAACCCAAGACAGGAGAGAAGAGCCGUGACGACGCCUUGGAGGCAAUCAAAGGCAACCUGGACGGCUUCAGCAGAGACGCCAAGAUGCACCCCACUCCAUCAUCACAGACCAAGAAGCCAGACUCAUCGCCAUCACACUCGUCUGUCACCACUCACUCCCUCCCCCCAGCUUUGUCCGAGGACAAUGACGAGUUUAGUGACUUUCAGGGGCCUGUAGAUGCCCCAGCCUCCUUCCCUCCGCCUUCUUCCUCCACUACUUCCUCCACCUUUGGCCUCUCCUCUCAGGCCAACGUUCAGCCCUUGUCCCCUGCCCCCAAAGCAGGUUUCUCUGAGGACGAUGAUGAGUUUAGUGACUUUGUUCAGGGUCCUGUAAAUACUUUCCCUUCCUCCAGCUUCCACCUCUCCUCUCAAGCCCAAGGCCAGCCUUCGUUCCCUACCUCACAAUCCCUCCCUCAGUCCCUCCCUGCCUCUGUGUCCAUUCCCACUGCCUCCCAACACUCUGCUGUCAACACCAGCUCCCAAUCUACAUUCCAAGGACCAUCCCUGGAAGAGAAGUUAUUCUCCUCAUGUGAUCUUACUGCUGAUAAGAUGGCCCAGGUUAGCUUUAAAUCCAAGCAGAGUUUGGCUAAAAUGGGCCCUAGAGCUAAGGUUUCAGCCCAGUUUCAGCCCAGCACUAAAGCAAGGAACUGGACUGUGGCCUCUGAGGACUUGAGUUCUGUCUUCACUGCAAAGCUACCUGAGGCCCCAGUGCCAGCACCCAGCGUCCCCUCAUCAGCUGCUGACUCAUCCCCCCAAACCAGUAGUGACAGUGCAGGUGUUGGCGUGUACCCACAACAAGAGCACAUCCAGCCCAUGCUGCCAGCCUGGGUGUACAAUGACAGCCUCGUCCCAGACAUGUUCAAGAAGGUUCUUGAAUUCACCAUGACCCCAGCAGGGAUAGACACAGCCAAGCUCUACCCAAUACUAAUGUCAUCAGGUCUUCCUAGGGAAGCACUGGGGCAAAUCUGGGCAUCAGCGAACCGCACAACACCUGGCAUGCUGACCAAGGAGGAACUCUACACUGUACUUGCACUAAUUGGUGUGGCGCAGAGCGGCCUCCCAGCAAUGAAUGUGGAAAUCCUCAGUCAGUUCCCCUCGCCACCAGUGCCCAACCUGCCGGCCCUGGCUAUGGCCAUGGCCCCUGUCAUGCCCCAGCACCAGCAGCCCAUGAUGACCCAGCCCCCAGUCUCCAUGGCCAUGCCAACAUCAGCACCACCAGUCAUGGCCAUGACACCUGCAGCACCAGCUCAGCCGCCCACAAACACUAACUUCAUCGCCAGCUUCCCUCCCACACAGGGAACCAAAGCAGAUGACGAUGACUUCCAGGACUUCCAGGAGGCUCCAAAGGCAGGAUCAGGAGACCAGGCAUUCACUGAGUUCCAGGGAGAGUCAGGAGGAAGCUUCCCUACCACCAUAGCACCUCAGCAUCAAAACAGCAGCACGUCUGCCAUGCUGACUCCAGUUUCUGGUUCCUCAUCUGCCUCCGUCACAUCCUCUGAUAAGUACGCCGUCUUCAAGCAGCUGUCUGUGGAUCAGCCCGCAGAGCCGACACCCCAUGCUUCAGAUAUUGGAGACAAAUACAGUGUUUUCAGACAGCUUGAGCAACCUGCUGACAAAAAACCAGUCGGGGAAGGAUUUGCAGAUUUCAAGUCUGUCAGCGCUGAUGAUGGCUUCACAGACUUUAAAACCGCCGACAGCGUCUCUCCACUAGACCCCUCAGAACAGGCCAAAAUCUUCCAGCCUUCCUUCCCCUCUGCUUUCCCAAACUCUCAGUCUCUACAACAACUACCACAGCAGCAGCAGCAGCAACCAGCAGUAUCUCUUUCUCAGCCGAAAAACCCUCUCAACAUGGCUGACCUGGACCUUUUCUCUUCUAUAGCUCCCUCUGUUCCUGCCCCCACUGAGACAAAACCCAGCACCUUCCCCUCUGUGUCUGUGCCCCCCUCUCUAGUGCUCCUACCAGGUGGCGCUAAACCUCCAGGGGGAGGGGCAGAUGAUUUUGGUGACUUUGCCCUCUUUGGCUCCUCCUCUGAUGCUGCUCAAGCUCCAGCAACAGGUGGAGCUGCAGCAGCGCCUCAGGACGACUUUGCAGACUUCAUGGCGUUUGGUAGUUCUGGUGGGGAGCCUAAAGGCGAGAGCAGCGCAGAGGUCCAAGGGGAGACCUCCGCGCAGCAGCGGCUUCAGCAGAGCUCAGACAAGUACGACGUAUUCAAACAGCUGUCUCUAGAGGGAGGCCUCGCCUACGAUGACACCAAAGAGAGUGGCGGCGGCUCCUUCUCUUCCCUCAAGAGUGACACGGACGACUUUGCCGACUUUCAGUCCUCGAAGUUCUGCACAGCGCUCGGGGCUUCUGAGAAGACUCUGGUGGACAAGGUGGCUGCAUUCAAACAGGCCAAAGAGGACUCCGCCUCUGUCAAAUCUCUCGACCUCCCGUCCAUUGGGGGAAGCAGUGUGGGAAAGGACGACUCCGAGGACGCGCUCUCUGUGCAGCUGGACAUGAAACUGUCGGACAUGGGUGGAGACCUGAAGCACGUGAUGUCGGACAGCUCUCUGGAUUUGCCGGGUCUCUCGGCCCACCAGCCCCCUGCUACAGAAGGAGACGACUUGAAAUUUGACCCCUUUGGGACGUCGGCCCUCAGCACCCUGGCCAGCUAUGACUGGUCAGACCGAGAGGAAUGUCUGCCCGGUGAGGUGAGAAAGUCACAGGGCUUGGAAGGAGCUUCUCCUCCAUCUUUAGGCCCAACACAGAGGAAGGAGCUGACUGUCGGCAGCACCGAAAACAUCACAGGCAGCUCCGUAGCAAAGUUCACCACCUCCUUCCCUGCCGAGGAUGGCUCAUUGACAGAUGACAAGUUUGAAGCCUUCGCUGACUUUGGCUCCGGUGACCAGGGUGGCGUUGACGACGAGGAUGACUUUGGGGACUUUGCAAGUACUGUUUCUGAAAAGUCCGACUCGCCAGCUGCCACCGCUGAGGUGUGCUCUGAAGGAAACCAGAAUGAAGCCUUGGAUGAGUUUGGUGCCUUCCAGGGGGACAAGCCUAAAUUUGGCAAGUCUGACUUCCUCAAAGCCAGCACUCAGGCCAAAGUGAAGUCGAGCGAGGAGAUGAUCAAGAAUGAACUGGCAACCUUUGACUUGUCUGUUCAAGGCUCCCACAAACGCAGUCACAGUUUGGGUGAGAAGGAGAUCGGGCGUUCGCCCCCGUCUCCAGCUCCAGAGCAGCCCUUCAGAGACCGAUCCAACACCCUGAACGAGAAGCCCGCCCUGCCUGUCAUCAGGGACAAGUACAAGGACCUGACCGGGGAGGUAGAGGAGAGCGAGCGCUACGCAUACGAGUGGCAGAGGUGCCUGGAAAGUGCUCUGGAGGUCAUCACUAAAGCUAACAACACCCUGAAUGGCAUCAGCAGCUCCUCUGUCUGCACCGAGGUCAUCCAGUCUGCUCAGGGCAUGGAGUACCUGCUGGGUGUGGUGGAAGUGUACCGUGUCACCAGGCGUGUGGAGCUGGGCAUCAAGGCAACAGCAGUGUGCUCUGAGAAGCUGCAGCAGCUGCUGAAGGACAUCAGCCGUGUGUGGAACAACCUCAUGGGCUUCAUGUCACUGGCCAAGCUCGCUCCUGAUGAAAGCUCCCUAGAUUUCUCCGCCUGUAUUCUGAGGCAUGGCAUCAAGAAUGCCAAGGAGUUGGCUUGUGGGGUGUGUCUGCUAAACGUUGACGCUCGCAGCAAGAACAAAGAAGAAAGCACUAUUGGACGUCUGUUUAAACGAGCAUUGACUAAAGACAAUGACAGGAGGUUAAGGGCGUUCAACUCGGAGACGGACAACUUCAAGCUGCUGUAUGGGGGCCACCAGUACCACGCCAGCUGUGCCAAUUUCUGGAUCAACUGUGUGGAGCCCAAACCCCCGGGCCUCAUCCUGCCUGACCUGCUGUGAGCUUUGGCUCCAGCUGCCAUGGUAACAAGACAUGGGCUAAUCAACAUCAGAUAGGUAGAGCAACAACAUGGGGCUCUCACCUUGGACGGAGAGCAAAAGAAGGAUGUUUUAAAGUCACUGGAUCCCUCUGUAUGUAUUUGGAUUUUAUUCUGUCCCUUUUGUCUCAAAUUUGGUGACUCAGCUGUCUCUCAGUUGAUGUUUAUCUUUUAGUUUGUUCAAAUUUAAAGCUUCUCUCUAAAUAUUUACCAUUCAUGUUAUCUUUUGUUGUUCAUCUAAAACCUGUAGGUCAGCUGUGUACUGUAUUUAUAUCUAUUACUAAUGAUGCUUUAACAAAUGAUUUCCACUGCUGAAAAGUCAAUAUUACUAAGUAAUAAUUUGUCAGUGAGUCAUAUUUAAAUUAUUAGGUGUGCAAUAUCAUUAAAAACACUGGCAGAGGAUGUCUGUUAUCAUCUUGAGUUUUUAAUGUCACUUGUUGCUUUGCUUCUGUUUGAGAGGAAUUUUAUUCACAACUCCCUUUGUUCUCACUGAACCAGAGCUGUUGAAUCAGAAGCCUAUUAUCGUACUUGAAUUACAUUUGUUGGGCGGGUCUGUUUGAUAAAACUCUGGCUGUGGCUGUUGUGGUUUUAAUAUCUUUGUGAAAAUCUUCAACAUUCAAACUAUCACUGCUGUGCUGGAAGGCAGAUGUCUACCUUUUUAUGAAUUAUGUUAAAUUAACUGCUUUGAAUGUCUUUUUGCACUGUCGGAGGGGGUAUUUAAAUUGUAUUUUAUAGGUAUUUUGUGGGGGGAAGAUGUGAUUUGGGAUCUUGAAGGAACUAUGUUAACGGUUGUGUUUUUCUGUGUUGGUGUUGUUUGCAACCAGAGCUGAAAGUCUAGAGGAAGUUGACUGUGAUUCUGAACUAAAAUUGCAGCAGCACUUUUUGUAUAUUACAGUGUCAUACUGUAGCAAUGCAAUUAUGACUGACUGUAAUGUGAAUGUGAUGUAAAUAAAUGAGUAUGAAUAGA